ACCAUCGGCUAAACGCCAAAAACGCAACAAGAAGGGAACGCGUGGAUCUAAGGCCAGAGAUCGUCGACACGGAAAUGGCGAGCAAUGCGACCGUGGCAGCGGUGGAUCUCUUGAAAGUUCUGAACUGCCGCAUCCCCGACUACAGUUCCUGCCAUACAGUAACCGAUGGGUCGACUACUGGAACUUGGAGGCAAUGACGUACAGAGAAGCAAUGGAGGACCCGACUUCGUGGUUGGAAGACCAAGAGGUGGAGGAAUACGAGAAAGGAAGGCAGGAGUGGGAGAAAGAUCGUGCAGUAUCCAGCGGUCAACCUUCUCUUCCUCUGACAGAAGAAGCUCUCGAAGAGUAUAUGCUUUCGCAAACCCAUACAACUUGAACUCUUCCCUCCGCCCUUGCUCUCAAGCUCCUCCCCCGUCGUGCCGUCAAACCUCCUCACUGCCUGCAUGCCGCUACGCUCGCUACCCUAUUUUCCCCUCCAGCACCGAACGCCGGUUCAGACUGCUUGGGGUAGUACGAGCUCGCGUGCAUGCAGAGUAUGGAGUGUGUUUGACAGAGAAGGGGGGGAUGGACGAAGACGUGCUGCGGGAAGGAGAGGGCAGUCUUGAAUCCUGUCAGAAGAUCAAUCUUAUGUCGCCAGUUGCCUGACACUCGACCUCUGUUACUCAGUUUGGGUGACGACUCGGCAUUCGAAGACUCGGCAGCAAAGCAGGCAAAUAACUGCGCAAGAGCGCCAACUCUAGGACAUGAAUGCGAUCCUAAUCUCCUGAUCUAGUAUUUCUACCUUCCUAACUUGCUUGCCCCUCCCCAAACCCGGCCUUCCCGCCUGCUCGCCUUCACGACUCCGCUAAGUAUGGGCAGAGCCAACGAUCGAGUGAGGGGAAACACAUGGUUAGCUAAGAAGGAAGUACUGAAGAAUUCUGAUCUGCUUGUCUCGGCUAGGUAAGCUGCGCCGAUCUGCGCUGGAGCAGGGGAGAGGUUGCGUCUCGAUCGUCAUGCGACGGGCGGGCCUCGGGCUUCACGCGCGGGCUUCAUGCCUGCAUUCGCGAACGUGCGACUCCCCUGCUUCGGCCAACUGCC